AGCAGCUACAGGCUCAUCCACGCGUCGAAAGGCAUCCGGGCCUAUAGCUUUCUUUUCUGACUUCACCUCUGACUUUUACUGUUUAAUACUACUUGUUAAUACUACUUGUUUGUCUUCUCGACCGCUACCCAUUCCCGCCUUGGUAUCCACAUUGGGAAGGAGUAAACAAAGAUCUUCACAAAGGAUCGCUCCCAGACCACACAACCGCGCAUACAUUCCGUACAACCCUAAACACAAGACGUCACAAUCCCGGGCAGCGAUAGUGCUACUUAUCCCAUCAAUAUGGCGUCUCCAGAUCCACAACCAGCACUCGCGACGACGAAGCGCAAGUUCCACAAGCUCCUCGACAAUUUAACCGCCAGCACAUCGACGACCUCACUGGCCAGCACGCUCCAAGAGGCCAAUGUAUCGACCACAUCACUGUCACAGUCAGGCAGCCCCGAACCCCCGAACAAGCGACCGCGAAGCUCCAACAUCAGCAUGGAAAGGGAAAGGAACAUAUCUGCCGGUCAAGAGCGCAUCAGAAUCUUGAAGGAACAGCUUCUCACACCACGCCGCCAGGCCACUAUCAAAGUCGUGGGGAGCAAGCAAACGCCUGCGGAGUCCACACCGCGCAAGUCACCGAACUUCCAGCCAUACAGUCAGGAGCAGUUCCUGGCACGACUGAAGACAUUUGCAGACGUAAAAAAGUGGACGUCGAAACCAGACGCAAUUAGUGAAGUCGAGUGGGCCAAGAGAGGUUGGAGUUGCGAUACCUGGAAUACCGUCGCUUGCAAGGGAGGGUGCGAGAAGCGUGUUGCGGUCAAGUUGAGGCCGAAAAGGAAAGAUGCGAAUGGAAAGGAUAUCGAGACGAGUGAGGAUCUAUCGGAGGAAGUGGAAGUUGCGCUAGUUGAGAGGUACAGAGAACUCAUCGUCGCGGCGCAUUCUGACGAGUGUCUGUGGGUCAAACGAGGCUGCCAAGACGACAUAUAUCACAUUCCCAUCGCGAGUCGCAACAAGAGCUCAGCUGAGCUUCUCACCCGCUACAAUUCCUUCACAGCCAUAGCCGCUGACCUUCCCCUCCUCGAAAACAUUACAUACCCCGACCCUCCAAUACAAGACAUACUGAAACGCAUACCUUCUAACUACUUCAAACCACCCGGUUCUGAAAUCACCGCUUCUCCACCAUCAUCGCCCACAGAAAUUGUAGCUUUCACCUUUGCGCUCUUUGGCUGGUCAGGCGUGUCGGAAUCUCGCAUCAGCCUCGCGGUAUGCAAUCACUGUUUCCAGCGUCUUGGUCUUUGGCUAUCUUCAGACGCUCGGCUGAAGGAGAUGAGCAAGAAGCUAGACGUACCGAUUGAAAGUUUGCGCCUCAAUCUACUCGAAUCACACCGCGAACACUGUCCUUGGAAGAACGCCGAAAUGCAAGGAAACUCAGGCGAUAGCCCAAUUGCGAAUAUGGCGGCAUGGCAGACGCUUGAAUUCAUGUUGUUGGGUAAGGCUAAGGGAGCUUCGAGCUUAGAGAAGCCUGCACAUGGACAUAACAGGAACCUGGAAAGCGUCGACCUGGGAAGCGAGGUCACAUAUCCUCGUGGUAGUCUAGAGAGCGACGCCAGAAGUACGAAAGAACAAGGAGAAGAGGGAACGGAUUCGUUGCAGCAGAAGUGGAAGAAACUCAAGGCGAAGCUCAAACGGAGUGCGAGCAAGAAGAGUCUAAAGAGCGUGAAGAGCAUGAGGAGCGUGAAGAGCGGCAAAAGUGUUGUAGACAAGGAUGGCGGCAAGGAGAACUCUUAGGUUGGGCUCUUCAGGCGAUGACCUCUACUUGAGUGGAUGCCAGGAGUUGAAAGAUGAGAAGGGUGGAUGGAACAUGGCUUUGGGCAUACUAGCUUGAGCACAUUUGAUGAUACCCGGCUAAGCAUUGUGUAACAAAUAAUAUAUGG